AUGAUGCUCCAACUCGAACAGGUUCAACUGCCUCUGAUUCACUUUUCUCGCCUUCUCUAUGCCUCAUGGUCGGGUUACCUUGAUCGGAGUCUCGCUCUUUUAUCCAACACUUCAUCGCCUGCUAUUAAUUCUAACACUAACGAAGUCGGCAUUGGAAGUUCUGUUUCAGACUUAAAAACUCUGGAUGAAGCGACUUAUUUAGCUAAUCAGCUUCAGCUGCGCGCAAUUUCUUGCUUCAUGCGCAGCCUUGCUAAUUUGGGCAAUGGCCUUGCAGCACGUCUACAUCCCUUUAUGCUGCAAGCGUCGUCAGGGUUGAACAAUUCGAAUCCAAUUGCGGCCAAAAGCUUUACAGAAGAUUACCAAUUACGUAAAUCUGUGGAAGCAGAAGAUGCCGCUGAGCACAACCAAUAUGAAUAUCAAAACCAGACGAAAGAGGCCGAGCCGGUUCAGGAGCCAUCUAGGCUAAUGCAUAGGUGCACCAGAGAUGAUCACUUUAGCCUUGGUCCUCAUGCAUCGGCAUCGGCUUGGGUAUGUCGGCCUGACUCUCUUCAUAUGGUUGCUGGACUCCAUCUGGAUCCAUUACUCUGGAUUGCUGGAAUUGAUUUGUUUGCUGGUGGCGAUAAUAUUACAGGUUAA